AUGUUUCCACCUUGUCUGAAGCAAAGUAAUCAGAAAAGAGGGUGUGUGUGGGGUGAUAUGACUGUAGUCGAGUCUCCUUUCACCAUGCAUGACCGCGAGCGGCUGGUCGGGAUUCGUUUCUCUUUGCUUAACGCACACUUGGUGGGUCGCGAAGGGAUCGGAGCGUUCAAGCGCCUAGUGGUGUCCAUGAAGACACUCUACUCAGACUUUGUGGUGAGGGAGUUGUCACUUCUGUACAACGAUGGUAAACCCCUCGUAUUGGAGUCGUUGCAGCACACCGAGGCAGAUGCCAAACCACACGAUACGGUAGGAGCGAAGAGGCAACGGGAUGCGGAGUCAGGCGGCCGUGAUGGCGUGGCUGAUAUCGGGGAAGUGGCACUAGAAGGCAUUCGCGCGAAACUUGAGGGAGUUGUUCCUGCCGAAGAACUGGACUCCGUGACGAAGUCGCUAUGCGCCGGGGAGCCCUCAGUUACACUCCGAUGUUCCCUCACGAAACCCCAACGUACCCGGAUUCACGAGGUGGUGAGAGAGCUUCUUGGCGGGCGGUACAUUAGUCGAGCGGAGAGCGGAACCCUUGUGAUCGAGAGGGCAACGCAUGCAACGAGGCGAGCGGAUGAACGGCGUCUGAAUCCAGUGCGAAGUCAGAAGUUUCUACAUUUCACUCUCUACAAGGAGAAUAUCGAUAGCAACCAUGCACUUCGGGAAGUGGCUUCGUACCUCCAUGUGCCUACCCGGAGUCUUCUUUUCAGUGGAACAAAGGACAAACGUGCUGUGACUCUGCAACGUGUCGCAGUGCGUGGAGUGUCACCAGAAAAACUGAUAGGAAUCAACAGUCGAUCUUUUGGACAGGACCGCAAGGUGAAGGUGUGCAGUUUUAGAACGAUGGACCACGGGUUGCGCCUUGGUGACGCUGUGGGCAACCAUUUCCUUAUUGCCCUUCGACUUUUACCUGAAAGUCGGGACAUCGAUUCCGACACUCUGAACACUGUUGAAAGCACCAUCAACCGCGAAGGUGUGGUGAACUACUUUGGUACCCAACGAUUUGGGACAACUGACGUGCUUACAGGUGAUGUUGGUAUUCAGCUUCUUUCGGGUCACUUCGAAAAUGCUCUACGACUGGUAUUUCGCUCAAAAUCAAUGGUCGAGCCGAGUAUGCUUGCCGCAGUUGAUGCCCUUGAAAAAGGGUCCUUUGAGGAAGCUGUGAAACUUGUACCGCACUAUUGUCACCAGGAACGCGAUAUGCUGAACCACUUGGUAGACUCCCCUAACGAUUUCCUCGGUUCCUUUUCCAAAAUUCCUCGAACAAUGAGCAUGAUGUACUUCCACGCAGUACAGAGCCUAAUAUGGAAUAUUAUGGCUUCCAAGAGGUUGGAAGUGGGUGUGGUGCCUCAGGUUGGCGACUUGGUACUCAAAUCCCGUUACACAGCCCGGUUGAGGUGUAAUCAGCAGUCCGAUUGUCUUGAGGGGCUUGAUUUAAGCGCAAACGAAAUGGACGACACAACAGAGGAAAAGGAGAGGGGCCUUCCUGAAGUGGUUCAUCUCACCACUGAAGACGUGGCAACAGGCCUCUUUCAGAUAGCGGAUAUUCUUCUUCCAGUACCAGGCCCUGACGAGAAACUGCAGUACCCCACUGUUAGCGCAUGUGAUCGCAGUGCCUAUAUUGAAACCCUUGCUUUGAAGGGGGCUGAAAGCCUUGUGAGGGCUAGCAACCCCCUUGUGAAGUUGUUUCAUUACCACGGAGCCUAUCGACAUCUUGUUGUGAAACCUAGGGGGUUCAGGAUGCGUCUUUGUAAUACAAAAAGCUUACGGGAGCCGAUUAUUCCCACGGACCUCGAGCUUCUAACGGGCAGCAAGGGAUGUGUAGAAGAGGCCACUGGUGCGUCUGUCAGCAAUGGAGAUGGCACCAACUUGCCGUGUAAGGCGAUUGUGGUGGAAUUUUCCCUUCCUCCAGGAGCGUACGCCACGUGUGUGCUGCGUGAAUUCUGUGACUGUCGUACGGAAGGGUACCAUCGCGCAUCGUCGAAAGCCGCUGGAAAUAGUGAGCCAUCCGCUGGAUGA